AUGCAUCUAAAUAUUCAAAGUCUCAAGCCUAAAAUUGACAUUUUAGAAAUAGAAGCUCAGCCUUACGAUAUUCUUAUCUUCACAAAAUCCUGGCUAUCUCCUGCAAUAUCAAAUGACGAUCUUCUUAUACCUAACUUUCAAACAACGUUUCGCUGUGAUCGUAAUGAUCGCAUAGGUGGAGGAGUCACUAUCUACAUUCGAGAUGGCCUUCUCGCCAAACAUCGUGACGACCUUUCUGUUGCUGGAAUAGAGGCUCUCUGGCUUGAAAUAAAUUUCAGACAUCGUGUCAUUCUUGUAGGAGGCAUCUAUCGUCCUCCGGAUUCAAAUAAUCAGCAAUGGCUUCUUCUUGAACAGUCCAUAGACCAAGCUUUUAACCAACCUUGUGAUAAUAUCCUAGUUGCUGGUGACUUUAACAUCAACAUCCUAAACACUCAGACAAACAAGAUAUCAAAUCUAAUUUCCUCUUACCAGGCAGAACAAUUAAUUUCAUCACCAACACAUUUCACAGAAAACUCAUCCUCUCUUAUUGAUCUCAUUUUUGUUAAAAAUAAUAAUCAUGUACUAACAAGCUUUGUUGCCGAUCCAUUCAUUCCUGACAUGAUUCGAUUUCACUGCCCUAUUGUUGCUGUUCUUAAACUAGACAAACCUAUAAAUACUACAUUCAAAAGAAAAGUAUGGUUGUACGACAAAGGUAACUAUGAUCAAUACAAAACAAUACUGCAUAAUACUACCUGGGACACCAUAAUAGAAAACACUGACCUUAACAAAGCCACUGAAGACAUCACACACGCAAUAUUAACUGCAGCACAACAAUCAAUUCCAAAUAAAACAGUCACAAUAAGACCAAACGACAUUCCUUGGCUAAAUAACACGAUAAGAAAGGCUAUUAGGAAGCGCAAGAAGUUACACAAAACAGCAAAACGACUUAACACUGAACAAGCGUGGACAAUGUUUAAAACAAUACGUAACGAGGUUACAAAACUAAUACGAAUAUCAAAACAAAACUACCAAAAUAAACUCAUUGAACAAGUAAAUUCAAACACAAUAACAGCGAAACUUUGGUUCAAAACUGCUAAAAAACUAACAAAUAAAACAACAGCUCAGACAAUUCCAACGCUACAAGACCAAAAUACACAAGCAUCUACAGACCAAGAAAAGACAGAACUCCUUAACCAUUUCUUUGCUCACAAUCCACCAUAG